AACCGGAAGAGGCACUCUGCCUCGGGGGGCAGCUUGACAGUGACGCCAGGAAUGGCGGCUAUGAUCACUAGAGGAAGGAGCCCCAAGACCCAGAAACUUUACUUCUAACGGCCCAGCGGAGGAGUCUGCCUCGGGCAAGAUUCGGAAACGCCGUCCCGUCGCAGAUCCACGGGAGAACGAGUCCUGUGCCGUGAGAUCAGCGCGUCGGAGGUCCAGGUCGAGGAGGGGGGGACGCACUUUGCUAGUUUAGCCUGCUUGGUCGUGCCGCUGACUUUGAUUCGAGGUAGCCGUGUUAGCGGUUGGCCACUUCGGCUCGGCUGCCCAACAAGUUUAACCAACUGUGUGGAAGCUAUCCUCGGCUGGGUAACAGUGCUGGGGGGUCGGCGUUGUUGACCAGGACGCAGUGUUAGGGACAUUCGCGGUGAGCUUGGGGGGUCGGGGGGGGGGGGACAGAGUUUUUUUUUUUUUACUGCUAACCUCGCCGUUAGCCGAGUUGGGAAUCCUGAAGUCUCAUCCGUUUUCGGAUCCUGCCCCGGCCGCUGGCUAAGGGGGCUAAUCAACGGCCAGCUAGUCCGCUUCCCAGCUCCGCUCGGCGCGACGAUGGAGAGCCUAACGCUGACUGAUGUCGAGCAGAAAUACUACUCGGAGCUGUUCGUCUACUGCGACACGGACAACACCAAGAAAGUGGCGUCUAACGGGAGAGUUCUUGACCUUUUCCGGGCGGCCCAGCUACCCAGCGAAGUUGUCGUGCAGAUCACGGAGCUGUGCGGAGCCACGCGGCUGGGUCACUUCGGACGGAGUCAGUUCUACAUCGCGCUGAAGCUCAUCGCCAUCGCCCAGUCCGGCCUGCCCCUGCGGGUGGAGAGCCUCAAUUCGGGUGAGUCAGAACUCAAAGAUCUGCCGCUGCCCAGGUUCGUGGUGGGAAAGAACGAGGCAGAGGCGAGGCACGCUGCCCUGUACCAGGACGCGGACAGCCAGGGCUUAUACCCGGCCCCCGGAGCGGCUCUGAUACCCAGACCGCCGGGGAGGGGGCACCAGAACAAGAAAGGCCCCCCCUCUUCCACGUCACUUCCUGCCCACGAGGUCAUCCAGCCCCUGGCGCCCAGCAUAGAAGCUCAGCCCGAGCCGACGUCGCCGGUCAUCUCGCCCCACCAGUCUCCCCCCACCUCCCCUCACUCUUGGAGGAAGCACAAGCGCGCCCACAGCGGAGGCAACGCAGACAGGCAACAAGUGGUGGCCGCCACCGGAGCCGUGUGGACGCAGUUCAGAGAACCACAAACAGGGCCGGUGACCGGUGAUGGCAUGUGGUCGUCCCACUCGCCCCCUCCUCCUCUCCCUCCAAGCCAGGAAAGCUGGGUCAGUUUUACAGCAGACACCCCGCCCUCCAGCACGCUCCCAGCAAUGCACCCCUCAUCAGUCCAGGAAAGCACAACGAUACGAACCGUGGCCUCGGCCACGACGACCAACGAGAUCCAGCGGCAGUGCAGCAACUACGACGAUCCCUGGAAGAUCACAGACGAGCAGAGGCAGUAUUACAUUAACCAGUUCAAGACCAUUCAGCCUGACCUGACUGGCUUAAUACCUGGUUCAGCCGCGAAAGAGUUCUUCACCAAAUCAAAGCUACCGAUUUUAGAGUUGUCGCAUAUUUGGGAGCUGUCAGACUUCGAUAAGGACGGAGCGCUGACCCUGGACGAGUUCUGUGCGGCCUUUCACCUGGUCGUGGCCAGAAAAAACGGCUACGACCUCCCGGAGAAGCUGCCGGAGAGCCUCAUGCCGAAGCUGAUCGACCUGGACGAUUCAGCAGAAGGUCCCGAGGCGGCGGCUGAAGUCGGCUACUCGGCGUCUCCCGUGGAGGUCACCCCCAACAAAUCUCCCUCCAUGCCGUCGCUCAACCAAGCCUGGCCGGAGAUGAACCAGAGCAACGAGCAGUGGGAGACGUUUAGCGAGCGCUCCUCCAGCUCACAAACUCUGACCCAAUUUGACUCUAACAUUGCACCAGCUGACCCUGACACGGCCAUCGUCCACCCCGUCCCCAUCCGGAUGACUCCCAGUAAGAUCCACAUGCAGGAGAUGGAGCUGAAAAGGACCGGCAGCGAUCACAAUCACCCCACUAGUCCUCUGCUGGCCAAACCCCCAGAACUGUCUGAAGAAACCAAGCUGCCUCCUACCAUGAAGUUUGUAGCUGCCACCGCUGUCGGGGACGGUUACAGCAGUUCUGACUCCUCCACUUCAGACCAGGAGCCCAUCACCAGGCAAAGGUCUCAGUCGGGAGCGUCUCCAGAGGCUCUGAAGGUUGUGGCCCCGCCUCCCCCCCCUCCCCGCCCCCAGCAGUCCCACUCUCGCUCCUCCUCUUUGGACAUGAAUCGCACCUUUGCCGCCACGUCGGCGCCGGGCCAACCCCAAACCUCUGCCAUAGCUUUCCCCCCCGCGGUGCCUCCUCGACCGCUGCCCACACAGACGUCGGUACCGCUCCCUGGGCAUCGCGUGGAGGCAGAGGGCGUCCCUGCCGGCGGCGCCGUUCUCACCACCACCUCCCCGCAGCAGAUCCCCCAGCAGCCCAACUUCGCAGACUUCAGCCAGUUUCAGGCGUACGCCGCCUCCGAGCAGCCCUCCAGCCUGCCGGAAAUGGACAAGCACAGCGAGGCAGGGCAGGUGGACAAGAUAUCAGAGGGAGCUGGCCCUUUAAGAACAGUAAAAAGUGACGGUCCGGCAGACGAGAGAACAUCGGCUACAGUCAACUCGGCCAAGGGCUCAUCGGGCCCCUUGGCUCCCCCGCCAAAGCCCGUCCGUCGGAGGUUGAAGUCCGAAGACGAGCUUCGGCCAGAAGACGAGCAGCUCGGGCCGCAGAAGGCCGGCGCCAUGCCUGCCCCCCUCACUACCCAGCCCUCCGUCCCCAGGUCGGUCGGGAAGGACAAAAAAGCAAUUCAAGCCUCCAUCAGAAGAAACAAGGAGACGAACACGGUGUUGGCGCGACUCAACAGUGAACUGCAGCAGCAGCUGAAGGACCUGCUGGAGGAGAGGAUAUCGCUGGAGGUGCAGCUGGAACAGCUCCGACCGUUCUCCCACCUUUAACCCGACCGCGCGGAGCAGAACUCGGCUGCAACUCCUGCGCGGGG